UAUGGCGGACAAGUUUUCAAACUGCCUAUCUUUUGUGUGACUUACUGUUUUUACCAGCGCUCAUUUUAUUUUCUGAGUGGUCAAAAAAGAAAGUCGACGCAUACCGGAAGACAAAAAGCCUGUCUAAAGAGGAUUAAGUUUUGAUGAUCCUUGCAUGACCCGCGCCAUAGCAUUGUGCACUGUGUGAAACGCCAGACAUAACAAAGGAUUCCACAUGUCUUUGCCAUUAGGCGCCUCGCCCCGUGUUAACCGUGAUUACCGACAGUUUGGACAGAGUCCUUUGUCACAGCCGUUUCAGAGCGCUUCGGCUGCUGCAAUGGCCCAAGCAGGUGAGAGAAUUUUCUUUGAAAUUAAUUUUGGUUUCGAGUGCUUUGAAAUAUGUUACUUGUGUUCUAAUUAACAACAUUAGAGGGGCCGGAGGGUAAACUUGAGAUUCCUAUCGGCAGAUAGUCGUUAUCAAAGCCGAACGAAAUUGAGAGUGAGCCUUCUAAUUGUCUCAGCAAAAUUGUGCUAGGACUCUACUGUAAAUUCAAGAGUCCUUUGUGGGUAAUUUUGUUCAUUUCAUUGGGCAUGAUAACCUGAGCUUAUGGUUGAGGUGAAGAAACCAACGCAAUGUUUGUAUCCAGUUCGGUUAUACAAUACUGUUAAAAAGUAAGUUGACAGUUCGUUGUGAGUCUCACUUCUCGAUUCUUGAUUCCUGUGUGAAUCGAGAAUUGAGAACAAGUUAUCGAGAAUCGAGUUGAGGAUCAAGCCUCUCAAGUUAGAAAACAAAAGAUUUACCCAUGACUAAUUUUACAAUGACAUAACACAACACGGCAUGGUUUAUUCGCAUGAGUGACUGUAGGCUAAAGAUUGAAACAAGACCAAGUUAAGCGAAUGUUUCUUCAAGGACAUCUGUAUCAAGCCUCGUUUCCUCAAAUACAGUUUCCAAUGCCUGCUCCAAAUGGAAACAAACGGUGUAUACGCAUGUACAAGAAAGAAAAUGAAUAAUAUCAUGUUUUAUUUUGUAAGGUCAAACCAUUCUGGGCUUAUCUGGGCGAUGGGCAUGACAAAAAUCAGCUGUAAGAUACAUGUAUGUCGGGAACUUGACUAACCUGUGGCUCUAAAAUUGUGUUUGUGAUCCUUGAAAAUUUUUGACAAUCAAUUUUAAUUCUACCAAGAAAUGUAGUGCAUUCUUUUAAGUUUGAGUUCAUCUCUCAUAUUAGAAAAUUGGGCCUUGUUUUUCUGCGAUGAAAUAUGAGAUGUGAACUUUUUUGUUGCCUAGUAGGUGACUGCAACUACCAUGAUGAAAAAUUGCAUGAUGUUAAUUUCAAAAGCGAAUUGUUUUGCAUGAGACGAUAUAUUGUUUUUAAAGAUCUUUAAAGUUUCUGAAGUUUUCUGAAGCUUUACAUGUACUGUAUAUUCAAAUCAAAACUUUUAUGUAAGCAAUCACGUGUUAUCACUCAAUCAAUCAAUACAUUUAUUUAAGAGUCAAACUUACAUAGCAGUAGAGGAACCAUAAAAAGUUGAAGGGCAAAAUAUCAAACUGACAUGCUAUCGCAAAACGGAAAUUAAGGCCAAGAGGUCAAAUUACAAGUAAAGUUUCAAGUGAAAAAAAGACCCUGGGCAGAGAGGACUUUCAAGUUUGAUAAUGCUGAUGGACAGUCACAAACAGGCAAGUGAAAAAAUUCAGCAAGACAAGUAUUCGGAAGAAAAGCCAAAGAAUUAAAGCAUUGUCAAGCGUUUUGAGACUUUGUUUACACACCGGUGGGACAAUGGCUAUGUGGUGCAAAUAUUAUGCUGUUAUGUAAUGUCACUGUUUUCUCCUAUAUUUAAUCCUUAGCAGCAAGAUUUCGUCCCCCUUAUCACCCAAAUCCUCAGGCCAUGAUGGCACAGGUUUGUUUCAUUAUCAUUUUGCUGUCAUUUUAAAGUGUUUGGCCCCAACUGCUGAAAAAUUGCAAUGUACUUACCACCAACUAUUUGAAUUUAAUUUUAGACACCAAAUCAAUGGGGACAGAUUGGCUAUGGGCAGCCUAGAUUUACCCAAAGAUAUAUUUCACCUGUAAGUACAUGUAUAGAGGAUUGCUGGAAGUCAUAAAAUGUUACUAGACUUAAAUGAACAGGAGACAAGCUCCUUGCUCUUCCUUACUUUUAGUUUAGUGCAUGAAUUUGUUCUUAGUAAGCACUGGAUCCUUGUUUCCACUGUUUUUUACCAUGUUUAAUCGCUGUUAACUACUGCAGUGCUUAGUGGAGGUGGGUGCUCAGGAUGUCCAGGAUCCCACUUUUGGCAAAGCCAGCCGGCCGUAGACAGAGUCAUACCCUUUUUGCUGGUAAACCUGUGCCCUCCAGCCAUGAGCCCCCAUGCCAAUGGAAUUAGGUACCUGUCAUACUGAUUACCAGUGGAAAAAUUAGAGGGGAGGGGUGGGGUAAAUUCCUGAUCCAAAGUCUGAUUGAAGCAAGUGGCUGCCAGGAAAAUGCUGUAUUUAGCACAUGGAGCUGAUGCCAGCAAGGCUGACUGCACCUGAGCAACCCAACUGACCGCUGAUCAACAACAAGAGGUGGCACUCCUUGUUGUUAACUGCAUUAACUGAAAUUAACAUCAUGUGGUUUUUCUCAAUUUAAUGGAACUUUGCUGAUCGUUGUAGUGCUUUAUUUCUUGACAGACGUCUGAUAUUCGUAUUCCAAAGCCACCAAAACCCCCAGAGAAACCGUUAAUGCCAUACAUGAGGUAUAGCAGGAAGGUGAGCUUAAAGACAUGGCUCUUUUAAAGUUAUGUUAGUUAAAAUCUUAUAGGUUUAUCGUUGUUCCGAUAUAUGGCCAUUGCACAGUUCUAAGUGGCCAUUGAAGAAAGGUGGCCAUUACAUGUAUCAUGGGUAGUCUCGUAAAAUGCAAAUUUUCUAGAGCCACUUAAAACAACCAUUAAAAUCUCUUAGUACUAAGAACAUUUGCUGUUAUAAUGAUCUUAAUUAAAACUUAUCAACACUGCCCUAAUUUCCAUUUUUCUUUUCUUUGCAAUUCCAUUAAGGUUUGGGACCAAGUCAAACUUCAGCAUUCAGAGUUGAAAUUAUGGGAAAUUGGAAGAAUCAUUGGACAAAUGUGGAGAGAUUUGAGUGAUGAGGAAAAGCAGGUACAAGGUUGAACUUGAAUAUCUAUGAUGUAGCAAAAAAAAGGGUUAGUUUUUUUGUAUUAAUUUUUAGAAGUCCAAGAAAGCUCAUUUUGUUAGGUUUGAGAAGUUGAUUCACUUUACAAGAGUUCAAAGAACUAGUUUACUGUCUUAAUGGUGAAAUCACGUGAACCAGGUUGAUGCUGUUGUCCUUCUGAUAAAAUUAAUGCAAGAUGGAUUGUAAGGACAACAUCAAGCUUUAUUUGCAGGACCAUAUAAGUACAUACAGUAUUGAAAAAGCUAUUUUUAUUUAUGUUUUAAGAAUAAGAACUAAAAUUUUAUCACUGUACAAUUAAGCUAGCGGUACUUUGUUAGUAAUUUGUCAUGAAAGUCAAAGCAAGCUGAGGCCAUACAAUGAGGCCCUCUAAAGGGAGGGGGUGGGGGGUACAUACACUGUAUGUCCCUAGUCUCUGAAUUGCAAAAUUAAUAUGCUAAUUUCGUGUUUUGAGAAAUAGCCCAUGUCCCUGUCACCAUUUAACCCUGUCUCCACUUCAUCUAAUAUUAUGUCGCUGUUUCAUGGCAAUGUUGCUUGUCAGAAUUUUACCCUGACAAUGCCUCUACAAUGUCCAUCAGGAAGUUGAAAUUCUAGUGAGGGGCCUUCAAAAUUUACUAUUAGUUCCACAGCCAGGGUAGUGAAGUGUACCAAACUGGUGUUCUGAAGGGCGGUGGGUUUGAGUCCUGUUUGGGAGUCCAUUUUUUCUUGAUCCCAUUCUUUGCCAAUAAUUCUUUUUUUUUUCUCCUUUAGGAGCAUAUGGAUGAAUAUGAAAUUGAAAAGGUGAAGUGAAAACUGAGAGUGAGAACAUGUGCUUGAAUUACAAUGGAACUUUUUUCUCGUGUUGAUAGCUUUCAUUUUUGGUGUUCCUGCCUGUUUUUGUUUGAUAAUAGACUGUUUUAAAUUUGUUUUUUGAUCCAUUUCUUGUACAUGUCGUGCCAGAAGGUGCAUAAAGCAGUUUUGAGAAUAUUUUUCAUUUUGCCAUACAAAACAUACUGUACUUCCUCGAAUAAUAGCCGGGGUGAUUAUUUCUUUUUUCGCACAAAAAGGGGGCGAUUAUUCGAGGGAAGGCGAUUAUUCCAGGGAGGCAGUUAUUUCAAAUAUUGCUCACUGGAAGUCGUGCCUUAAAAUUAAUAUUAGAAUAUUUUAUUUAUUAUUUUUCCAUUAAAUAGAAAAAUAAUCACAUCAAAUAAACUGAACAUGGGUUUUUUAAUUGCAAAUUUUAGUCCCUUGAUUCAGAGCUUGAAUAGUCACUGAUCAGUUUUUACAAGGAGGGGAUAAAAGGAAGAGAAGAUGGCAAGAGGGGUGAAGGGGGGCAAUUAUUCGAGGCAAUUAUUUCAAAUAUUUCCGUCAAACGGGGGUUAUUCUUUGAGGGACGGCUAUUAUUUGAUUUAUAUUGCUAUGUGCAGUGUUAUAAGAACGCAUGGUAUUGCCCAUUCCCUUUCAGAAUGUUGUUCUUCUCACCCUUGCUGAGUAGUGCGGAAUUGAUUUGUUUUUCCCCUUAUAUCUUAGCAAGAGUAUAAUGAAGCGAUGAAGGCAUAUCACAACUCUCCUGCUUAUCAAGCAUGGAUUGUAGCAAAAGGACGAGGUAAAUAAGUGCCUUUUCGGUCAAGUUACAUUGUAUGGUAUAUGUCAAAUCAAACAUUUUAAGCCCUCUGAAAUCAACACAUGCAAUUGAUACUGUAGUUUUAACUUGUUUUUUGAGAAUCUUGAUGAAUUCCUGUGGUUUGUCCAGUUUUGAAUUUAUAACAUCAGCAUACUGGUUAUGUCAGUUUAAGUGCAUUUGUAUGUACACUGUUUAUUCUAUGGUGUGGGAUUUUAGUAGUUCAUACUAGACACUUUUACUGCCUGCUGAUGCAAAAAAGAAAAAAACUAUUGCAUUUCAUCAUCUGGUUCAAAUUUCUUGCUGAUUUGGCCAAACACAUUGAUGAUGAUGGUGUUGGUGAUGUACAUGACAAUGAUAAAUGUAUCACCACCUUGAAAGACUCUGGAUUAAACUGCAUGUCCCAACUUUGCAAAAAUCAGCACUUUUUGGUACAGCUAAUACAAUCAUGAUGUAUUCUACAAAAGGUGCUUUCUGUCUGAGGUCAUUGACUUGACAUAGAGAGCACAUACUCUAACUGACAAGAAUUCUAGGAUCAACGUUUACUGUGCAAAGUGAGGAAUGAUGAUGAUAAUAAUAAUAAUAAUAAUAAUAAUAAUAAUGAUAAUAAUAGUAAUAGUAAUAGUAAUAAUAAAUUAUGAUAAUGAUAAGUCUGAUUCAUCACUCAGGAAGAGUUAAAAGUGUGAUGGUUUUUAUUUUUGGCUGCCAUGUCGUAAGAGUGCUAAACAAAGUUGAGAGGCCAAGGCAAACGCCUUGGGCUUACAAAUUGUCAAAACCAGAAAAAAAAAACAUUCAAAUUUCUUUGUCAUAUUCUAAGAUUGUACGUAGUCAUUUCUUAAGGCAGAGGAAGAGCCCUUUUGUACAUCAAAUGUUCCCAUUUCUAUUAAAAAAUGGCCUACUCUGAAGAAGUUGUGGAAUGAACACUGUACAUGUAUGUAGCUCGUGGAUGCUGCAAACUGUGGACAAGGACUGUUGGUUUGUGGCCUUUUUUUGUUUUAACAUGAUACCUGACUUGUUGUUUUUUCAGCCCAGGCUGCCCUUCAGGAGCAACAAGCUAUGGAAAGAGCAAUGAUGGGUUCAAUGCCUUUUGGGGUGAUGUCUUAUUCUUUUAUUUUUUCCUAACUUACAGGUUGUUGUCAGUACUUUAUGGAAAUCUUUUCUUUAUUGCAGUGUAGUGGUCAUUAAUUAUUUUUACCAUUGUCAGCAUGCAAAGAAAGUAGUGUCCUAUAGCCUGGGUUUGUGGAUUUGCUAUCGAGCUAGUGAAUUCUGUUAUUAACUUGCCUGAUGGGCAAGUGAAUUUUUUUCAAGGAAUUCAAAUUACAGAAGAGCUGUGAAAUCAAUCUGCUCAUCAAAACGUUUUUUGGGCUAGUUGAAAUGAUAUUUGGACCAGUAAAUGUUAGCUUCGGCUUGCCUGAAUGGCAAGCUGUAAAAAUGACUUUCUUUGCACCCUGAUUGUAGAAUGUUUUUACUAUGCGAUAGCCUGUGUUUCAGUCACGAGAAAUAUGGAGCACAAAAUAGAGCAAAAUACAUUGAAAACACUUUUUAAGUUCACCAGAGUACUUUUAAAUCUCUAGAAAUGCAUUCUCAGCAACGGUACAAAAUUUCUAUCUGUUUGGUCAUCCUAGGGGAACUUAAGUCUUUUCGAAUAGGGAGGGCUUCAGUAUUAUUUUUCCGAAAACUUUAGGUGCAAUUUAACGGUUUACGAAAGUGAGAAUUUUUCUGAUUCCUCUCUCCAUCACAUUUUAUAAUCUGAAAAUUUUAGGUUUCCUUUUUCUAAGAAAAAUAGUGUAACCUGGAUGGUAAAAAGUGAAAAAUUAAACUUCAGAAAAUCGAAGGGAAUUUAUGAGAUAAGUUUCGAAAAUUGUACUUGAAUGCAACGUUUAUUUUAAAAAUUCUUAGCCUUCGUCAAGCAAGAGAAAGUUCAAGGCAACACUUGCUUCUCUGAACAGUUAGUUUUAACGAAAACAGUCAUUGCAUGCCCCUGAUUGCUUGCAAGAAAGAGAGACGUCUUUUUUGCUUGGCUUUACGUUUCUCAUGCAGUUACUAUACAAGCUAAUACUGUGACAUGUCUCAUCUUACAGGUCUAGAAGAUCCACUAGUUUUAAUAGUUAAUAUCCACGUGGUAUGUUUUGAUAGCUUAUAUCAAACUUACAUGCAAUUUCUUUGUUUUCCCCAGAAAUUAGACGAUGCCAGGUUUGGCAUUCAGCCUGUGGAUGACGAUGAUGGUAAAAUUUUACUUAAUAUAUUUUGUCUGCUUUGGAUUCUACAGAAACAGUCUAAGAUUUAUUUUAAUUUAUAUUUAGUUAUUUUAAUUUACAUCACUGUGUUGUAAUCUAACCAGUAACUGUUGUUCACUCUUGCCAGAUGAGGAUGACUCGUUUUCGGUCAAGCACGUAUCAGCUGCUCGUUUUCAUCGAAAUCACAAAUUAAUGGCCGAGAUAUUUAGUGAUACAGUCGUAAGAGAUGUUCGAACAGGUAUGAAUAAUCUUUUUUAUUUCCCAGCUGGGCCCGGUUCCUGAAAGGUCAAUUAGCGCUAAUCCAGGAUUAAGAUUUUGUUCCGUUUUUGUAUUUUACCUUCCUAUGUAUUGCUUGGAGUAACAUUUUGUGUUAUCAUUACUGUAUCUCGGAGAAAAGGCUGAACAGUAUUUUGUAAGCUUAAGUUGCAUGUUCUCAGAUAAGAAAACCUUGCUUAAAAUUGAACCGGGCCCAGGUGUGACAGGAUUCAUUUAACUAAAGUAAAUUCCCUUUCUGUUUAUUAGCAGGAAAAAGUAUAUCAGUUAUUGAUAAGUGAAACUGGAAAAAAAUAGAUAUCGCUUUCGGAUAAAAACUCUACUUCUCGGAUUUGAUACGUUGCCGUUUUUUGUUUUCCUCCGUUGCUUAAAAAAGGUUAUUAUUUGGCUCUGGCUAUCCGUAGCUUUGGCUUUAUGCUAACAUUAUUAUUAGCAUCAAAAUUGGUGAAGUUUAGCUGAUACAUUUUGAGUAUUAUUCAUUUCUACCUUAAUAAUUACCAUUUAAUAAUACAUUGGGUUUGGUUGGGAAGAACACAACAUUUUUCGUUUAAUCUUUGGGUUUAUAAAUAAUUUACAAAUAUUAAUUUCUUAACUUGCUCUGUAACCGUUUUGAUAUUUGUAGUGGUCACCAAGACCCGUCUGGGAGUCUUAAAACGCCAAGUCCAGUCUCUGAUUGCACACCAGGUAACUUUGCAUAAGCUUCCUUACUCAGGAAGAGAAUUAAGUUCUGUAGAAAUCCAUUCCUUUACUUCAGUAACCUUGCCACUAGUCUGCUACGCAACUCCCCCCCCCCCCUCCUGUGUAAAAAACUUUGGAGGCCACUUGAUUUGUACGAGAGCAAAUGUUAUAAGCGCGUGAAAGUUGAGAAACUCCGGCUAUUAGAACUCUGGCUUUGCCUCUCAUCCCUUUUCCAGGCGUCAUGAAAUAUCUUGAAAAUCUGUUCAUCGAUAACAUCACGUGAUAGACAGUUAGUGGGAGGAAUGUGUGGCGAAUGUGUCCAAUAUUUUCUCACGUGACAGUGUUCCAUCGUCAAAGAGUUCUUUAAGGGGCUAUUCACAUGAUACCGGAAUGACUUUCACUCUGGAACGAGUUCAUUCCAUCUCCUUAUUUUUACCAAAACGACACUGAGUUCCUGUACAAGUCAUUCCGGAAUGCGCUCACGACGGUUUUCAAUCCGAAAUUCUUGUUCUGGUGCGACUUUUCAUUCUGGUUGCAUGUAAACUGAAGACAAACUUUGUUCCGGAUUGAAAAUCGCAAAUCGUGUAGUCUGGAACGAGUGACGCUACUUAUCUGAUCUGGAGCAAAAACCACGCGAGGGCGAACGCCUUAAGCUGUGCCGUUCGAUUUUAUCACUUGAAUACAGCACGAGCGUUACUGUGGAACGAAACUCAUUCCGCAAUGAAAAUCAUCCCGGUGUCAUAUAAACAGCCCCUAAAAUCCCUCUCUCAUGUCAUAAAAUUGCUCUUAACAUGUAAAUUUCUUUUGCGCUAGAAAAAACUGGAGAGUGAACUGCAACAAAUAGAGGAGAAAUUUGAGAGUAAAAAACGGAAGUUCAAUGAUGACAGCGAAAAAUUUAACGACGCUCUUAAGAAGGUAAAGUUUGUUGUGCUUCCUUUCAGUCGUGUUUCAGCUAGCUUGACAGCUGUGCGGGAGACCGAAAUCCCGUCACCCACAAAUUAAUCCUUCCAUCUAUCGGGUCUACGCGUAAACGUGCAAAAGAGCACUAAAAACUAUUACGUAGAGCUAAAAACAAUUUUGUACGUGAUGUAGUCGUCAAUACUUCAAGUGAAAUGCGGUUUAAGUCUAGGGCCACUUGACUGUAAAGUUUGUACAAAUAUUUUCCUUCGCAAACUCUUUUUUUUCUUUUUUUUUUAGUUGUGUGAGCCUCCAGCUGAAAAGAGGAGCGAAGAAAAGGAAGUGAAUUCAAGCAAGACGAGUGAAAAAACCAGUGAUUUAUCUACGCAAGGGGAAAGUAAACCAGCCACGACCUGACAUCUAGUGCGCUUGCUCUCUGUUACUCAACCACUGGACAUGUAAAUACCUGAUAGGCUACUCAACCUGGCUUAGUUGUAAUGGAGAAAAGUACUUUUGUUUCCCCGUCGUUCCACAGAAAGAAACGUCCACAACAAAAGUUAUCAUUGUCAAUAUAUACUUUUUUUGCCAUUAUUCAUGAUAGUAGUCCAAACAUGAUAGUCGUUAGUAACUUUGAAGAUUUGUCAGUCUCAACGCUCGUCUGAGAAGAAAUCGCGUAAUUUGGCGCCUUCGGCAAAGAGUGGUUUUCGCUGAAAUCUAAACACCUUUGGUUUAUGAGUAUUCCCUUCAAUUUUUUCGGUGAAUAGACUUUCUUAAUAAGAGCCUGUAUGUUUUUCUUUUCCUUUUCUCGCCCGAAAGCCAAGAGUACCUCACGAGCAAGGUUGGAAAGUAACUGUAGAACGGUCGGACAAAACGUUGUUAGAACGUUUUUCUCCUAGUUAACUCUUUUCAUAAAUGAAAAAGAAAAAAAUCAGAAAUCGAGUUUCUCUACUUGCCCUGGGAGGUAUUAACGUUAUAAAAAACUUAGCGAAAAGCAUUAUCAAAUUUCCUUUUCGCGCUGAAAAGAGACUGCAAAGUACUACUGGUAGUAGAACUAGUAGAAGUAGGUGAUGUCAUUAGUGUACGAAAAAGUUUGGGAACGGAUGAAGACAUCGUUAUUUUAGCUUAUGUUGUUUGCGUAUGAUCGUGCGUGUGAAUGUAGUCCAGACCCCGGUUGUUCAAAAGAUGGAUAGCACUAUCCAGCGGGUGAGUAUGAGGAAAAUCAAUUGCGCUAUCCAGUGGAUAGAGAUUUAUCCGAUGGAUAGCGUUAAACUUUUUAAACAACCUGGGGCCUGGUCAACAAAGAUUUGGUUUUAUUAACUGAACUGAUUUGAUAAGGUAAAUUGGCCACGGUGGGGCCUAUCUAUUAAACCAAGUCUUUGUAUUCACUCUCACACACACAGCAUCUUUAGUUUCUUCAUUCAUCUGUUGUCCUGAACAGUCGUGUGGGCCACAGUCUGUACGUAGACAGGCAGGAAACAUUGAAAAUAACUGUUUCAAUUCUUUGUACAAAAAAAAAUUAUAAUAAACUACGUAAACUUGUC